AUGUUAAUUUUGAGUUGCUGGACGAUUUUGUUCUACCGCAUUUAUACCUUGGAACUGCAAGAACUAGAAAUUAGACUCUCAGCCAAAGUUGAGGCUAAAAUCGCCCAACUUGAAGCAAAGGUGACACAACUGGAGGCUCAACUCCAACUGAAUAAUAAACUUGGACAAGAUUUGACGUUUAAGUUGACGCAACUUGAGGCCAAAAAUUUUCAACUGGAAGUCAAUAUCCAAGAGCAAGGAAUGAUCCUAACUUCCUUGUUACAAGCGGCCGAACUUCCGGUUUCUGCUACCGGUUGGAAAUCAUCUCCAAAUAAUGGCGAAACUGCAAUUCACUCGGCUGGAAAGAGCGGAAUUCCAAGGACAUGCCGAGAACUUCACGCGACUGAUCCUUCACUUCCAUCCGGAAUGCAAUGGAUCGAUCAGGACGGGCAAGGCCUCGGCGAUGACCCAAUUUACGUUUAUUGUGACAUGACAUCAGGAUCGACAUCCAUUUUACACGACAGUGAAUCUUCAUUGGAUGUGGGUCACUGCGCAGACCCCGGGUGUUAUUCACGAUUAAUCAACUACAACGCGUCCAUUGGACCGAUGAAAGCUUUGGCCGAACUAUCAACUGAAUGUCAUCAAUUCGUUAAAGUCAGUAUAUCAUUUAAUUAAUUAAUUCUCGUAUAAUAAAUCAUGUCUCUAUUCGUUCGAUAAUUUUAUUAGUACGAUUGCUACUACACCCCGUUCGAGUUAAAUGGCGUCGCCUAUUCUCGGUGGAACGACAGAGAAGGAAAUCCGCAAUACUUUUGGGCCGGAAGUAACACGUACGGAAUUCACACCUGCCAGUGCGGAAUCGAUGGAAACUGUGUCGGUUUAGCGGUGAAAUGCAACUGUGAUACGAUUUCACCAAUUCAAUUAGUCGACA